UUGGGAAUAAGCUUAGGGAUGGAUGGUGAGGCUCGUGACAUUUUGGAGGCUACUACUACUACUUUUCACUUAACAACUACUAGUUGAAAUAAGAGGUUCUCCUAGAUAAAAAUAACAAUUUUGAGAAACAUACAAUUUAAAACUUAAUUCUUUUUUAUUAAAAUAACAUCAUUAAAGAAUUUUAGGACGAAAAUCUUUACGUCAUCAUUAUCAGGCUGACAUUGACAGACAGAAAUGAUGGAAAUGAUCAAUCUGUCUGUCACCAUUUUUCAUAAAUAUUUAUUUCCGAAUUUACAUUUCGAACUUCGAUCAACGCUUUAAUUCCUUUUACAGUUAUGUGCAUUUGUUUGAUAAGCUCAAUACGUAGAACAGCAGUGAUUUGUAGUUUUCCUAGAAUCAUGGCUUCGCGGCAAUCGAGUGACAUGCCAAAGUUUAAAGAAGCCUUAAAGUCGGCUAAAGAAGUUGUGAUCUUAUCUGGAGCCGGUAUCAGCGCCGAGUCUGGUAUACCAACGUUUCGGGGUGCUGGUGGCUUCUGGAGGAAAUACCAAGCUGCGAAUCUGGCCACCCCUGGGGCGUUCAGGACUAGUCCAAGUUUAGUGUGGGAGUUUUAUCACUACAGGAGAGAAGUUGCAGCUAAAGCCCAGCCUAAUGCUGGUCACAUAGCAAUUGCUCAAUAUGAAGCCAAGUACAGUACAGACAAAACAAUAACAGUGAUCACACAAAAUGUGGAUGGGUUACAUGUUAGAGCUGGAACCAAAAACUUGAUAGAACUCCAUGGUAAUCUGUACAAAACAAGAUGCACCAAAUGUAAGGAGGUUUUAGUCAACAAUGAUAGUCCUAUUUGUGAGGCUUUAGAAGGAAGAGGUGCCCCAGAUGCAACAGUAGUAGGCUCUGAUAUCCCAGUGAAAUCAUUGCCACAUUGCAAGAAAACUGGUUGUGGUGGACUCCUAAGGCCUCAUAUAGUUUGGUUUGGAGAGAACUUGGACCCUGCGGUGAUGGACAAAGCUCAAGCAGCAAUGGCAACCUGUGACAUAUGUCUGGUAGUUGGAACAUCAUCAGUGGUGUACCCUGCAGCCAUGUUUGCUCCCCAAGCGGCUGCCAGAGGCGCUAUCGUAGCAGAAUUUAACAUAGAGCCUACACCCGCUACGUCUGACUUCCACUAUUAUUUUGAAGGACCCUGUGGUACUACAUUACCAGAAGCUUUGGCAGACUAGAGAUAGUCAUAAGUUUUGUUAAACAGGCUUUAUUAUUAUGAAAUAAUUUUUGCCUUGUAAAAUCCUGUGAUAGUGGAUUUUGUAAUUGUUAGUUUUCGAGUAAGAGUAUGCAACUAGAUUUGUAAGAAUAGAAGACUUGUGUAAAUAAUUUAAAAUAUAAAUAAAAUGGGAAGUAAAUGAGAAUGUAAAUAUUUGAAAAA